AUUUCUGCAAACACACGGUCAGCUGUGUCAUAAUAAUAGGAAAGAUACGUCGUGCAGCUGCUGGAGACAUGCUCAGUGUCAGCGAUCCUACAGCCAAGAGUGACGCGCUGUAGUACAGCUCGGUUCAUACUGGGUGGAGCCCAUCAGUCUCCAGCAACAGGUUCAAACACACUGAAGACAGCACUGACAGGAGGAUAGGAUAGAGGAUAAUUUGCCAUGGAAUCUUCACUGAAGAGUCUGGUUGAUGAUGAUAGCAGGUACCAGAAAGCCUUCCAUCUUUUUCUGGAGCGCUCCUCUGAGCAUCAGUGUAUGCGGGACUUCAUCCACAAUAUGCUGCCAGAUAUACUGGCCAGCAUUGGAGAUGGAAAGCGCCAUCUAAAUGUCAUUGGAGUUGGGAGUGGAGCUGGUGAGAUUGACCUUGAGAUGCUCUCCGAGCUCCGUCUGAAGCACCCAGGGGUGACUGUGGAUAACGAGGUGGUGGAACCAAGCAGCACACAGCUUCAUAAAUACAGAGUUUUGGUGUCACAGAAACCAGAUUUAGAUUACAUCAAAUUCACCUGGAACAAGAUGACUUCCUCUGAGUUUGAGGAGCACUGGAGAGUGAAAAAGAUGACUAAGAAGGCUGACUUCAUUCACAUGAUACAGAUGCUGUACUAUGUGAAGGAUCCUGGAGCUACCAUCAGCUUCUUCCAAAGUCUCCUUGACAAGAAUGCGAAGCUUCUUAUCAUUUUGGUGUCUGGUGAGAGCGGCUGGGGAAAGCUGUGGCGGACCUACAGGAACCAGCUCUGCAACACAGAAAUAAGUCAGUGUGUAACCACAGGAGACAUAAAAAUCUUCCUGGACUCCAAGGGAGUGAGGUACCAGAGCUACGAGCUGCCAUCUCAAAUGGAUAUCACCGAGUGUUUCACUGAGGGGGAUGAGAAGGGAGAGCUGCUGCUUGAUUUUCUCACUGAGGUGCAGGACUUCAGUAAGACAGCCCCACCUGAGCUGAAAGCUGGUGUCUUGGAGUUACUUCGGCACCCAGACUGCAGUGUGGAGUCCAACAACAAAGUUAUCUUCAACAACAACCUUGGAGUGAUAGUCAUAGAUGAUCAGCUCACUUAAAAACAAGCAGUUUAUAUAAGAAAUAUGAAAUUAGCCACAGAUGAUCAGCUCACUUAAAAACAAGCAGUUAAUAUAAGAAAUAUGAAAUUAGCCACAGAUCAAUAACAUACUUGAAUUAUUUUUAAAUUGAGUGAUUGUUAAAAUUCUCUACUGUGAUUACAUGUUUUUUUUUCUUUUUUCUACCAACAUUUUCCAUUGAUACCAGUAGUAGUUAAUUCUUUUAUGUGCCUGUGCAGAAAGAAAAUGGCUUGACUGCAAUUUUUAUCCAAACACAUUUGUUUUGUUGUCAUGAAAUCCCAAAUUUUCCCAGAAAAUGUUAAGAUCAGAGUUUUAAUCAGCGUCAAACGUCAGACCUCAGAUUCCACCAUGAUGGCAUUUUUAAUGGGCUACAGCUGGCAGACUAUGUUACAAACGCCAUUACACCAUUGCUCCCAUUGGAUCAUAUUACUGUGGACGUAUGAAAAUAAAUGGAAAAUUGAACAUUUAAUUUACCAUGCAGAUUGAGCUGUUAAGUUUAGAUGAGAUGGACACUCCUGUGGGAGUGUUUGAAUUUUGUCUUUGAUUGUGAAUGUAAUACAUUGAAAUGAUUGCAGAUUUCACUAACAUUAAUGAGAAAUGAUUGGACAAAUUAAAACCAGGACCUUUUUAUGCUUGCCUUUCUCGUUUGCAUUGUAGCUGUUGUAAAAUGAACGUGGCAUUUUGUAAUAUAAUUAUUUAAUCCAGUCCAAUUUCCAUGUUAUCAUUGCUAAACCUUUCAUUGUGAAAAUACACAAAUUACAUUU